GUGGACUCAACAUCUACAGGGUAGAUUAUCCAAUUUUGACGCUCCUUGAAAAUGCCUGAGAUUGCUGAAGUCGCACGUAUCGUGCACUUUCUCCGCCUUCACGUGGUCGGGAAACGAAUAGCCUCCGCCUCCGCCAUUGACGACAAGAAUGUGUUUGGAAAAGUGGGCACGACCGGUGCUGAAGUGGAGGCCGCGUUGAAAGGGAAGAAGAUUGUGUCGGCAGGAAGUCAGGGCAAAUACUUCUGGAUCACGCUCGAGAAACCUCCACAUUUAGUAAUGCAUUUCGGCAUGACUGGAUGGGUCCAUAUCAAGGACGAGAAGACGGCAUACACCAAUUACUACAAGAAGAUGAAAGACGAAGACAUCGCGCAGUGGCCGCCAAGGUUCUGGAAGUUCCAGUUCGCAACCGAAGGAACUCCAGCCGUCGAAGUCGCUUUUACUGAUUCACGUCGGUUUGGACGGGUGCGACUUGUCGAUUGUCCCGGAGACGAGAUUAGAAAACACUCACCCCUGGUGGAGAAUGGCCCCGACCCGGUAGUGGAUCUGGACAGGUUCACCGAGGAAUAUUUGCGAGGUAAGAUGAGGGCGAGACAUGUCCCGAUCAAGGCUCUGCUGCUUGACCAGGCGAUGAUCAGUGGUAUUGGCAAUUGGGUAGCCGAUGAGACACUUUACCAAGCAAAGUUGCAUCCCGAGCAAUACUGCGACGAUUUCGACGAUGCUCAAAUUACGAAUCUCUACGAAAACAUUCGCUACGUAUGUCAGACGUCUGUCGACAAACUAGGAGACUCUGAUCAGUUCCCCAAACAUUGGCUCUUCAACUACCGAUGGGGCAAGGGUGCCAAGGGAACGGCGGCCAGGCUUCCCAACGGCGAGAAGCUAGCCUUUAUUACAGUUGGCGGUCGAACCAGUUGCUAUGCUCCUGGAGUGCAAAAGAAAACCGGUAAGACAGUUCUUGGCAUCAAAGAAGAGCCGGCCGAGGGCAAAGAAAUCGCAGAAGCACCCAAGAAGUCACGAAAAAAGAGCACGUCCGAGUUUUGGGAAGAGGGUGGCCCCCCUGCCAAGAAGAAGCGAACAUCAUCGGCAAAGGCGGAACCGAAUGGUGACAAGGUGAAGACUGAGCCCGUGUCAGAGGAUGCGGAACCAGAACUUGGUCAAAGGCGUUCUACGCGAUUGAGAAAGUAAGAAUCGAGCACAGCACCGGCUUUGACGGCAUAUCGGUGGCGGGAUUUGUCUCGAUACCCGGAUGCCUCGGUUCCAGGGCAUCACGCAACAGCCUGUCUUCUCAGAUGAUCUAGUCCGCACCCACAGAAGCCGCAGCUCGGCGCAGUUUACUAUGACGGAAGGA